AUGGAACAAUUCAAAAAAGCUGGAAAAUUUAUUAAAACUACUGCCAAGACCAAGUGGAGUGAGAGCUCUACAAUCACAAAAGUAUGUGUCAUUGGCUCGGCAGCUGCUGUAACAGCUCCACUGGCAGUUUUACCCGUCUUAGGAGUUGUAGGAUUUACAGCAGCGGGUGUAGCAGCUGGAAGUAUUGCAGCAUCCAUUCAAACAGCAGCAACAGUAUCAGGAAGUGUUUUUGCUCUAUGUCAGUCUGCUGCAGCUACUGGAAUAGUUGCUACAUCAACUUCCGUGGGUGUGGGACUUGCAUCUGGUGCUACUGCAGGAGGGGCAACAGCUGUCAUUUGCAGACUACUGCGUCGUCGUCCGAACAACGGCGAGAACACUAACACGGAGACGCAAUCCGAAACUGAAGAGUAUCAUGAUACUCAAGAAGAUGAUGAUGAUGAUGAAUCAAUCGAUUCACAUUAA